AAAUGAUAAUUGAUAUUGCGAAAUGCGAAGGCAGCAAAAAUGCCCAGCAAUUCAAAGCAAAAUCCUAAUAAUUAAAAAUUAUUAAUUAUAAAACAACUUAAAAUAAUUUUUAAAUAUGGAAAUAUAUUUGAAAUAUUACUUAGAAUAAAUUUAUCACCAAAUGAAAAGGCUGCAAAUUGAAAUGAUGUGCAAAAAUAUGGAAAAUAAGCGAAAAGUUUUCAUACUUAGGCUGUCUAUCCUCGGGUAACAGGAAUAUAAGGGGACCUCGAUCAAAAUUAAAAAAUCCGUCAGCUAUUCAGUUCAGCAGAGUUCCAUCGAAUCUUAGCUGUCACAAGAAAGCGAACAACGAAGUAUUCUUACUAGUUUGUAUCUCCAUCAAAGUUGAAAAUGUCAUCUACCGCAAUGAAAUAUCUGGAAACGACUCCCGAGGAGGCCGGCGAGGAUUUGGUUGGUCUCACCUCAGAACUAGUUGAAGAUCAGCGCGGUUCUCCUUCCGACGAAACGAAGCCACCCUUGACUCGAAAGCAAAAGAGAAACCAACGGACAAGUCGACGCAAAAAGGAGAAGAAACGACGCGAUGCAGCGCAAAGGGUCGUAGUGUCGUCCACGGAGCAGAAAUAGAGAUGUGUGACAAGUUUUAAGAUGUCUAAUAAAGAGAUUGAGAAAAGAGAAAAAAUUAAUUUAAGCCCACAAAAAAAUCUUUUCUUAUUCUUCUUAUUCUGACUUCACCAUCUCUCUCUGUUUUCUUCUCUUUCUUCACUUAUCCUUUGUUGUGAGUGCGUGAUUUAAAUGAAUGACUCAAUAAAAAUAUCUUAAACUAAAAUUAUACCAACAGAGUAAUGUGUUUUCAUUUUUUAGCAUUAGCAACAUUUAGAUGAUCAUUUUUAGUAAUCAUACACGAAAAAUUUAAAUAAACGGUAACGAAUGUUAGGUAACGAAGUGACACCUAGCGGUCCGAUUUAAACUAGGUCGUCUACCCUCAUGCCCAAUGAUUUUUCAGGAGUAGGAUCGAGUAGUUUGACUUGUGACUCUGAAGUCUGAACUUUGAGCCAAAGCAAAGGGCCAAGGGAUUUUCCAACGUGGUUUUAGAGUUUUACUGACGCAAUUUCACUUGUUUGAUAAGACUUCAAAUAAUAAGAUAGAAAAAGCAUAAUAACAAGAAAAUGAAAAAGAUAAAUCGAGACGAUCCUCUUUUUCAGUGUCGAGUCAAUCGCCUUUUGCACGCUUUAAACUUAUGUCUCAUCAUGUAGGCCUACUUUCAUUUCUUUUCAUCAAAAGGGGUACAUUAUCGGGUUGGGCCAUGCUUACGAAGAAUCUCUUAUAAUUCAGUUUUCACUAUGUUUCAGUAAAUAUGUUCAUGCUCUCGCCAACUUCUAAUCAAAACAGACAUUCUUUCUACGUAGAGACAAAAGGUAAUCGAUAAAGAGCAGGCGAUUGUAGCACUUGAUGCAAUCGAGGCGACCUCUCUGCAAUCGGCAUGUUUUGCAGGCAUAUUCCACAGCCGAGUCGUCUGCAUAUUAUUCACGUGCUAGUGGUUCUCAAAGUUUUAACAGGAAAUCCCGAUGAACUUGAUGACCCUGGCGGAAAAAGAGUUACCCCAUGCUGAAAGGCUUAUACUUGUUGUCUCAAACGACCCGACUGCAUAUUAUUGACACGUUGUUUUCCUUCAGAUGAGGAUUAUAUUGCUUCAGGAUAUGGAUAAAAUAUUCCGCUCGCUUGAACUGAUAACUGCAGAUAAAGCCAGCAAAGUAUCCACGUGUAAAGGUGAGCCAACUAUGGAUCAACCUCUAAGUAUAGUCCAUUACACACAUCUUUGACACUUGAGUCUUGAACUCUUGACGCAAUAUUAAAGCCUCCCCAAAAUGCACGACAAAGGAAAAAAGAAAUGAAAUGAAAACUCCCGUUGUGCCGAGAUCUACUUGAGUCAGUUGAGUACCAGGCGAGUCAGACGAUCAGUAUUCGGGCGGCAGUGAAAACCAGCAGCUGCAAACUUUCAAUCUAAAUUUCAAUAGCUCCGAGCACCUGGAUGCAGAAUGGAUUGUGAAGUCAAAUUCAGCAGCAGUUCAGAAAACUCGUCGGAUUCGAAAAAGAUUGAAACAGAAAUCGCAGAAGAAGAUGUCGAAUAUGUCGUAGUGGCGCCGGAUGGAGGAUACGGCUGGAUCGUUAUAGGGGCCAGUUUUUUGUGCAUCCUCAUCUCCGAUGGAAUUCUCUUCAGCUUCGGAUUGAUUCUCUCUGAAUUGGAGCGGGUUUUCGACGAACCUGUUGCCAAAGUGGCUUGGAUAUUCUCCAUUGUUAACGGGAUCUCAUUGAUAUCAGGUCCCAUCGCUUCUGCGUUGAGCAACCGGUUUAGCUUCCGGGCCGUUGUCCUAACGGGUAGUAUAUUCGGUUUUGUGGGGCUGUCGACCUCAUCGUUGGCACAGUCGGUAGACAUUUUGUUUUUCACGCUCGGAAUUCUAUUCGGAGUGUCGAUCGGCUUGAUUUUCACUCCGCUCGUUGUAGGCGUGGGCUACUAUUUCGACAAACGACGAGCAUUGGCCACUGGAAUCACCGUGUGUGGUUCUGGGGCUGGCACUUUUGUUUUUGCCCCCGUCAUUUACUGGCUAUUAGAAAAAUAUGCUAUCCGAGGAACGUUCCUUAUUCUGAGUGGGAUUUAUUUGAACUGUGCAGUUCUUGGGUCACUACUCCUACCGUUGAAACCCCAGCGGCGUAAAAUACUCCAACCUGAAGGAGUGAAACUACUUGAAGCUAAUGAGACCCCAAAUGCUCACAAAGAAGAAGAAAAUAAUAAGCAAGAUCUUAAGGCUCUAGAACAAGGGCAGUUAAAUAAUAAGAAAGUCAACGUUGAAAAAGGGAAUAAGAAGGCUACCAAAGGGAAAGAGCUAUCCAGGCGGGAAUAUUUGUCAAGCAUCUUCAAGUUCUCGCUAUUCCGGUCGCCGACCUUUGUCGUCGUUUGCAUCUCUAGUUUCUUCCAGUCUAUCGGAUGGUUCGUACCUUUUGUGUAUCUGGCAGCUCACGCCGUCAACAUGGGAAUACCCAAAGAGGAAGCGUCGUUUCUGCUAUCGAUUGUCGGCAUCUGUAGCAUGAUGGGACGCAUUAUCAACGGAGUGCUUGCUGAUCAUCCAAAGGUUAGCGUACUCCUUUUGAAUAACAUUGGACUUUCAGCUUCCGGUUUGCUGAUUAUACUUUGCCCAUUUUUUAUCUCGUACGAACUACUAGUCUUCUAUUCCAUAGUCCUCGGGCUAGCCUUGUCCUGCACCGCUGUUACACGACCAAUUUUACUUGGUGAGCUCCUGGGAUUAGAAAAUGUCAACAAUGCUUACGGCUUCAUGCUCGUGUUCUACGGAGUGGCUACUCUCUUCGGAACUCCCAUGGCUGGUUUACUUUAUGACACUUUGGGUGAUUACCACGGCGCCUUCUAUCUCGCCGGAUCUUGCGUCCUUCUCUCUGCCUUCAUAUGUUAUCCUCUCGGCGUAAUUAAUCGGUGGGAAAAGCGGCGGAAUUCUAAGAAAUGAUCGGUCUCAUUCGCGGCGUGUUUUUUGUUCAUGUUGAAAUCGCUAAGCAGCUUAGAGUCUUGAUUGAACUUUGGCUUUUGUUGAUAAAAUAACCUUUCAAUUACAUAAACUUCCACAAUACUUCCGCGUCCGCUUAACCUUUCAUCCGAUAAGCUGAAUCGCGCCUACUACCCUCCUCCAAACAAUUAAUUGUUUGGAGGUAAAAUAAUUUCUCCGCUUGUUUGGAAAUCCCUUUAAUUCCUUGUGAUUUGUUCUGUCGAUAAUGUUUAAUCUAUUUUACUUGCGCUUCAAAAAAAAAGCCGGGUGAUGCAAGCAGCAAGUCAUAAAUCUACAUUCCAUAUUUGUUAUCAUUUCAAGCGUUUGCGGACUAAACAAAUAUUGUUGAUCCUUGAGACUACCCGGAUUAAUUUAUUGUAUUCAUUUGAAAUGGAGUGUGGCAAUAUAGGCAAACGUCA